AUGAAUAAUGAUUUUAAUGAGAUUCUUGCUGAUCUUUAUAGUAUAACUCCUUUAUCUCCUAAUCCAACACCUCGACUAGUAGAUAGAACUCCAAGUUUACAAGACCAAAUUACACAGUUAGCUUAUGCUUAUUAUCUAGGAGAACUAAUAGAAAAAAAUUCUCUUAAAAGAAAAAUGAUCAAAAGAGAAGUUUCUACUUAUUAUUAUAAGGCUUCUAUUAGAGUCUAUAAUAUUUUUGAAAGUCUUGGAAUUCAACAAAUCUUUCAAACUACCAAUACAACACUUCCCAAGAUUAAUA